UGAGAACAAACGCAUACCCGGCAGGGCCCCAUCAUCGGCACCAAGUUGUCACUCCAAGGCAUGCUGCAAGCCGGAACGCCCGUCAUGGAAGAAGAUACGCGCACCCAGGCCAACAUCCGUAUGCGCCACAUUCUUCAGCACUGCGAGGCUGCAAUCCAGCAGCCGCAGCAGGGCUACAACCAUCCCGCCCUGGUCCGGCUCACCCACGACUAUGCGCGAUCGGAUGAUUCCAAACGCCUUUUUUUGUCGAGCUUUUUCGGACAUCUGGAUCUUCCUCUCGCGGGCGGCAUCGAUCCGGACAUCGAUUUCAGCGACCCGCAGGUGAAGGCGCGCCUUUGCCAAUCGGUGGACGACUUUGCAGAGUACCUAAUGGACAGCUUCUUUUUGCCACUGAAGGCCGCUUCGAACAGGACUCCCCAGCCGUCCCCCAUCACCCAUUCCGCUGUUCAAAGGGCCCAAGGCGCCGCUUUGCACCAAUCUGGAGUCGGUACUCCAGACCGCGUCUCAACUCUCCGCGGCACCUGCCUUGUCCGCGAUCGCCACCGCUGUGUGAUCUCACGCAAAUUCGACACCGUUGAGGGCCGUAAGCGUCGUGAAGCCGGAGAUGCCAGGGAUGAUGACGGCCUUCCAAUCGGGCCGCAUGACAUCCGGCUUUUGGAAGUUGCCCAUAUCCUCCCGCAUUCGCUGGUUCAAGCUUCAAACUCCCAGUUGAGCACAGCCCAAAAAGCCGCAUUGGAUAUUUUAAAUAUGUUUGAUAUGGGAGUUGUGCACCUGAUCGACGGCGUCGAAAUCGACCGGCCCUACAACGCCAUCACUCUAUCACAUGAACACCAUUUCGAUUUUGGCUCCUUUCGAAUCUUUUUUGAACCUGUUUCCAACCAGCCACAUACGUAUCGCAUCGAUGCGUUCGACAGCUUCAACCGCGCAACUCUAGGUUUGCCAGUUACGCGAACCCUUUACCUUUCCGAAAACCGGACUAUCGACCCGCCCUCGCCUCGUCUACUUGCCAUUCAUUGCGCGAUUGGGCACAUCCUGCACCUUUCGGGGGCGGGUGAUUAUAUCGACCGGAUUUUUUACGAUGCUGAAGAAUACGGAGUGCGGUCGGACGGAUCGACGCAGCUCGGGGUCCUCCUUAGUGCGAAACUGAACUUGGUCGCACUCGUUGGCGCCCAGUCUUGACAGGAGAAAGGAUACCCGACGGAGGCUGCGAACGGGAGACGAAAAACGGCCAACGCGGUUAGCUAGGGCCAAUCUUUGGAGCUCCGUACGCCCUGGCCGGUGGCAAUCGUCUGUCCCCAGUACUGCGGCUACUCCAAAAACCGAUGGCCGAGACAGACACAUAUUAGAACUUGAAAAAGACAAGCCCACCCCCACCACUUCUGCCGUCCCCCUCAGCCUAGAACAAUCACCAACAUUCAACCUCGCCCCCAGCACACAAUUGCAUCCUCUAGAAGGCCGAUUUGCGGUAGAUGCCGAGAUAUUAUGGCGGCGGCGGUGUCGGCGGGUAGUGCCCCUCCACUCGUGCCCGCUGCCUCUCCCGGGAGACACAUGGGGAGGUUGCACCGAGAAUGGUGGGAUCACCAGGGGGCGGCUAGAAAACAGCCUUCCUCAAAGUUUGCGGGCCGGAAUCGAGACUUUGCUCCGCCGGCGCUUGUUGAUGCCGGCAGGAACACGCGGAUCGCGGAUCGGAGGAGAGACUUCCCGCUGGCGCUUGAGAAGGCCCGCCGAGCCAUCGACAGCAGGUGCCGCGCCGGGCUGGAGGGCCACGGUGGGUACUGCGCCCACGGCAAUCACCACCAGUAGGGUGCAGGCACAUUAGAUGAGUAGGGAUUGCAGAAGUUCUUUUCACGCAGUGGCUUGAUAAUAGAGUUAUCUCAUCCGAAGCCCUUUUUCAGACCAUUUGUUGAAUUAAACCGGCUUGAGAAGGUAUA